CUCAAGUGCAACUGAUACUCUUACGUCAACCCAAUCUCUUGCUGAUGGCAGCACCUUGAUUUCCAAGCAUGGAAGUUUUGAACUUGGUUUCUUUAGUCCUGGUAGUUCCAGGAAUCGUUACUUAGGAAUUUGGCACAAAAAUAUCCCAGUUAGAACCGUUGUUUGGGUUGCAAAUCGUCGGGCUCCAAUAUUCAACAAUUCGUCUGCUCUGCUGAUGAUAGACAACCAAGGAAAUCUUGUACUAAAGAAUGGGGGAAGCGUUGUUUGGUCAACAAACUCAAAAAGAGAAGUCUAAGCUCCACUAUUACAGCUCCUGGAUUCUGGGAAUCUUGUUUUAACUGAUGCAAGUGAUGGCCGUUCUGGAAUCUACUUAUGGCAGAGUUUUGAUUAUCCAACUGAUACGUUGCUACCAGGGAUGAAGCUCGGAGUGAACUUGAAGACAGGACUCGAUCGGCGUCUCACAUCAUGGAAAAACUGGGAUGAUCCAUCACCAGGGGACUUUGUUUGGAAGAUCCUCGUACAUAAUAAUCCUGAGUCUACCAUGUGGAAAGGCUCGAAGUUCUACUUUCGUUCAGGCCCAUGGAACGGCAUUACAAGCAGCGGUACACCGCAAUUAAAGCCUAACCAGGUUUUUAGUUUCAACUUUGUUCAUAGUGAUGACGAGGUUUAUCAUACAUACGACCCUAAGAAUAAGUCUGUAAUUUCAAGGGCUGUAAUGAACCAAACCAACUACAAGCGUGAGCUCUACAUAUGGGACGAAGCAUCACAGUCCUGGAGCCUGUUUACGUAUCUGCCAACAGAUUACUGCGACAGUUAUGGCCUUUGUGGUGCUUAUGGAAAUUGCAUCAUUACUGACUUGCUUAUGGAAAUUGCAUCAUUACUGACUCGCCAGUUUGCCAGUGAUGGAGAUGGAUUUAUCAAAUUCACAGAAUUAAAAUUGCCUGAUACUAAAUAUUCUUGGGUAAAUAAGAAUAUGAGCCUGAAGGAAUGUAGGGGAAAAUGCUUAAACAACUGUAACUGCACUGCUUACUCAGUCUUUGAUAUUGGAAAUGGAGGCAGUGGCUGUGCUCUUUAG